CCAAGAGGAGGAUGACAGGCUUGCAGUACAUGUCGGGAUUUGGAAAUGAACAUGUUUCUGAGGAUCCACGCUGUCCAGGAGCUUUACCGGAGGGACAGAAUAACCCUCAAGUCUGCCCAUACGGCCUCUAUGCUGAGCAGCUCUCGGGCUCUGCCUUCACCUGUCCCCGGCCCACCAACAAGCGGAGCUGGCUGUAUCGGAUCCUACCUUCAGUCUGCCACAAACCCUUCAAGCCUUUUGAGGAGGGCCACUUGACACACAACUGGGAUGAAGUUGAGCCUGACCCCAACCAGCUGCGAUGGAAACCUUUCGAGAUCCCAAAAGCCUCUCAGAAAAAGAUGGACUUUGUGAGCGGACUGCACACCUUGUGUGGCGCCGGUGAGCCCAGGGGACGCAACGGCCUCGCCGUCCAUGUUUUUGUCUGCAACGCCUCCAUGCUUGACAGAUGCCUUUAUAAUUCAGAUGGUGACUUCCUGAUUGUGCCCCAGCAAGGGAAACUGCUUUUCACAACUGAGUUUGGGAAGAUGCUAGUGGAGCCCAAUGAAAUCUGUGUCAUUCAGCAAGGAAUGCGUUUCAGCGUGGAGGUGUUUGGAGAGACCAGAGGCUACAUCCUGGAGGUGUAUGGAGCACACUUCGAACUGCCUGACCUGGGACCUAUUGGAGCCAAUGGCCUGGCCAACCCACGUGACUUCUUGGUGCCUGUAGCAUGGUAUGAGGACCGCCAAGUGGCAGGGGGCUACACAGUGAUCAGCAAGUACCAGGGCAAGCUGUUUGCAGCCCAGCAGGAUUUCUCCCCUUUCAAUGUGGUAGCCUGGCAUGGCAACUACACACCAUACAAAUACCAUCUGGAAAAAUUCAUGGUCAUUAAUUCUGUAGCUUUUGACCACGCGGAUCCUUCUAUCUUUACUGUCCUGACAGCCAAGUCGACCCGUCCUGGAGUGGCACUCGCUGACUUUGUCAUAUUCCCCCCACGGUGGGGGGUGGCUAACAACACCUUCCGGCCACCAUACUACCACCGGAACUGCAUGAGCGAGUUCAUGGGGCUCAUCAAAGGCCACUAUGAAGCAAAGGAGGAAGGCUUCCAGCCUGGAGGGGCCAGUUUGCACAGCAUGAUGACUCCACAUGGGCCAGAUGCUGACUGCUUUGAGAAGGCGAGCAAAGCCAAGCUGGAGCCCGAGAGGGUUGCAGAAGGAACCAUGGCUUUCAUGUUCGAAUCAUCCCUCAGUCUCGCUGUCACCAAGUGGGGCCUCCAGACCUCCAACCGCCUAGACAAAAACUACUACAAGUGCUGGGAACCUCUGAAAAGCCACUUCAACCCUAAGUGCAAGUAAAGAGAAGCAUUCAUUGCUUGCAACAUGUGAG